CAUACAAUUUCCGGGACACAGAGCGGGGAGGCCCUGCUUACUCAUCUCCCGCGUUUGACGCGAAAGAGCGCGCCGACGCGAGUCAGAGCUUCUUUGUCCGACCAAGUCAUCAAAGCCUGAAAAUUAAUCGUCGCUAUGCGCUAGAAGUUUGUCCCUUACAUCCAACAGCCUUGAGUGAUGCCGUCCAUGAAACGUGUACAGGUGCCCUCGGACUCAGACGACCAGAGCGACGGGGGUUCUGAGAGCGCGGCAUCGAACUCCACGCCUUAUUCGCGAAAACGAGCUCGAUUAUCCGAUUCUCCCGGCUCUUCUGAUGGGUCAGAAGCGAACGAGCGACAUACCGAUUCCCUAUCCCCCUCCCCCUCCGCCGAUGAUGGGUUCCUUGACGACGAUGCAGACGAAGAAGAGCUCGAGUUACGCCAGACACAGCUGAUUCAAGACAAGUACGCCCAGCUGAUCGAUGAGGCUAACGUGCCCGCCGAACAUGGGAUCCUCGAACGUGUCGAAUGCUACAACUUUAUGUGCCACAAUCACUUCUCGGUGGAACUUGGACCCUUGAUUAACUUUAUCGUCGGAAAAAAUGGUAGUGGGAAGAGUGCGAUCUUGACCGCAAUCACGCUUUGUCUGGGAGGCAAAGCAUCCGCCACAAAUCGCGGUCAAAGCCUCAAGAGCUUCAUCAAGGAAGGGAAGGAGAACGCCUCCAUCAUUGUUCGAAUAAAAAAUCAGGGCGAAGGUGCCUACCUCCCUGACGAUUAUGGCAAAUCCAUCAGUGUCGAACGACACUUCACGAAGAGCGGCUCGAGUGGUUUCAAGAUCAAGAAUGCGCAGGGCCGCAUUGUUUCGACGAAGAAGGCGGACCUAGAUGCCAUUACCGACUACUUCUCCCUUCAAAUCGACAAUCCCAUGAAUGUUCUCUCGCAAGAUAUGGCUCGCCAAUUUCUUAGCACUUCCAGUCCGGCAGAGAAAUACAAGUUCUUUGUCAAGGGCGUUCAGUUAGAACAACUCGACCAGGAUUAUCGUCUGAUUGAGGAAUCGGUGGAUCAGAUUGAGGAGAAGCUCAGAACUCAGGCGCCAAAUCUGCGCUUCUUGGAAAACCAGAGGGACAUGGCGAAGAAGAAAUUGGAGCUUUCUGACCAACAGGACUCUCUGAGGGAACGGAUCAGGACUUAUCGGAAACAGCUGGCUUGGUCUCAUGUGGAGGAUUCAGAACGAAUCAAAGAUUCAUUCUCCAAGGAGUUAGCCAAGGCGGACGAGGGCAUUGCAAACGCUGAGGCCGAACUGGGCGUAUUCGACGAUAGGCUCCAGGCUGUUGACGCCGAGAUUGAAACGGCAACAGAACAUUGCAACAGAGCAGACAGUGCGCUAGAGGAGUUUCAGAAAGAGAAAGAGCAAUUGGACGAAAGGGUGACGGAAGAGUCGAGCAAGGUGCACGAGUCCCAGGCCGGGCAACGUGUGGUCAAAAGCCACCUCGAAGGCGCGAGGGUCAGACUUGAAGCUGCACAGGAAGAAGUCCAGAAUGAAGAGCUUCGUCUCAUCGAAGUAAGCAAUGGGGCCUACGCUCGAAAGCAGGAGGAAUGCGAGGAUGCCAAGAAUCGCGCUGCUGCUGCGCGGACCGAAUAUGAGUCGCACGAAAAAGGCCAAGCCUCGUUGCGGGAAGCGGCAAAGACCGCGGAAAUGAAGGCAUCAGAGGCCCAAAAACAGUGGGAGCUUAAGAAACAGGACUUGGACCAAGCCCAAAGCCGGUUGCGAGAGCUCACCAGGGAAAAUGCACAAGCCAAAGACGGCUUUCCUGAUAAAAUGCAAGCACUGCUCAGGGCCAUUCGGCAAGAACACUCUUUCGCAGCCCCUCCAGUCGGUCCUAUUGGGCAUCACGUCACCUUGCUUAAGCCAAAAUGGGCUUCCAUUAUCGAGAACACGCUUGGCAACAGUCUGUCCAGCUUUGUGGUGAAAAGUCAUGGUGAUCAAAAGAUUCUCAGCAACAUUAUGAAGCGAGUAGGCUGUCAAUGCCCGAUCUUGGUCGGAUCUAACGAGAAUAUCGACACGACAGACAAUGAGCCGGACAGUCAGUAUGACACGGUUUUGAGAGUCCUGCAGAUCGACAAUAAUCUAGUUCGAGGUCAUCUUAUUGUCAGGCACACCAUCGAGAAAAUGUUGCUGGUCGAGGACUUAGAAAAGGCUUCUACCUUGAUGUUCGACGGUCAAAGGCUCAGGAAUGUCGUACGAUGCUACAGCAUUGACUCUAGGGAUCAGCGGCGAGGAGUCCAUCUCUCUUACAACAAAGAGGGUGCUCCCAGUCAAUCGCCUGUACAGCCGUAUAAAGGUUAUCCCCGAAUGAAGUCGGACUUGGCCUCUCAAACUAGUCACCAGCGUGAGGUCGUCCAAGACCUCGAACGUCAACUACGUGCUCUCAAACAAGAGUACGAUACUGCAAACGCUCAUGUGACAUCAUGCAAGCAAGAUUUGGCGGCCUAUCUACGGAGGAGCCAAGAAUUAAAGAUUGAGAUGCAGCAACUUGAAGAUCAUGCCGAGUCGCUCAAAGAUGCUCUUGAAAAUAACAAGGACGGGCAACUUGACGCCUUGAAAAAUGUUGUACGAGCCGCAGAAUUAGAAUUGGAAACGCAUGAGGCGUCGUUCGAGGAUGCUAAGAUUGCCGUCGCCGCUCUCGUGGAGAACCUCAAGAAUCUGCGACGAGAGGUUAAGGAAAAAGUCGCAAAGUUGGCAGCUCUGCGACAGAGUUGCAAUGUUGCCAAGGAGGAGAAAGAGCGUGUUCAAGAUAAGCGCCAUCGGAUCAUCAGCGACAAGAAUGCGGCUAUCGCACGAAUUGACGACGACAAAAGACACAGGGACCGAAUUCGGGAGAAACAUGACCAAUUGGUCACUCGGAUACUCGACUUGACCGAGCAGGCCAGCAUCAUCACGGAGAGAGUCCCUGUAGAUGAAGGCGAGACUACCGACAGCCUCGCAACCAAACUUGACAGGCUCAAAAGGGAUUUGCAGCGAUAUAGUGAUCAGCUGGGCGCUUCCAGAGAACAAAUUGCCAACGACGCUUCUGCAGCGGAGACCAAGUACAAACUCGCGUUGAGACAGGUGCAAGAGAUGACAACGCUGGCUCAGAUAUUCAAAGAUACGCUCGAUAACCGGAAGAAGCGGUGGGAGAUUUUCAGAUCACACAUCUCGUCUCGUGCCAAGGCCCAGUUCACCUACUUGUUGAGUGAGCGCAGCUUCCGGGGUCGAUUACUUGCCAACCAUCAAGAGAAGUUGUUGGACCUCCAGGUUGAGCCCGAUAUCACGAAGGACGAUAGCACAGGCCGAGGAGCCAAAACACUCUCCGGUGGUGAGAAGUCAUUUUCCCAAAUUUGCCUGCUGCUUGCCCUUUGGGAAGCUAUGGGUUCGCCUAUUCGAUGCCUCGAUGAGUUUGACGUUUACAUGGACCAUAUCAACCGAAAGAUGGCCAUUGACAUGCUCAUGAUCGCCGCUCGACGGUCAAUUGGACGCCAAUUCAUCUUGAUCACCCCGGGUACCAAGACCGAUAUCACCAUGGCUCCUGAUGUCAGGGUAAAGGAGUUGGCAGAGCCGGAACGUGGUCAGACAACCUUAGCAUUCCAAAGGUAAAGAUCACGGUGGGAAUGGAUCAUAUGAUUUGUGUGUGUACAUAGCGUUUGGUUUUGCAUAUCUCGGGGCGUAUCAUGGUUCUCUGCUAUAGCUUAAUACCCCGUUCAAUUCCUCAGCGCAGCUUGACUUUAUCCUCAUUUAUUAGGCUCGACCAUAAACGUGUUUU